UCGAUUGGAAAUUUUUACAACAAUGCCCAGUGAUAAUUAAAGAUAGGAUCUUCAUUGAAAAAAGGAAAUGAAUAAAAACAAAUUGAACUAUUACCCACGCCAUUCGGCCUAAAAUCAUAUCUUAUCAUCCAAAAAAAAGUAGCAAGUUUUUUUCAAGUGGCACAAUAUGUGGUAAUUUUUUUAGUAUAAAACCCACCCCAGAAUAUGGGCGAAAAUCAGUUCGUAUUUCGCUGUUCGAAAAAUAUGAAAUUCUUAAUUGUUUUCGCUUUGGCUUUGGCCACCGUCUCUGGGGCCGCCAUUGAACCCCGAGACAUCUUGGUUGAUACCGAGGGCCGUAUUACCAAUGGUCAUGAUGCCGCCGUUGGCCAAUUCCCCUACCAAGUUGGUCUUUCCUUGAAGGUUAACGCCUUGUCUUCGGCCUGGUGCGGUGGUUCCUUGAUUGGUUCCCAAUGGGUUUUGACUGCUGCUCACUGUACCGAUGGUAUCUCCUCCAUCACCGUCUACUUGGGCGCCACCGUUCGUACCUCCGCCGAAGUCACCCACAAGGUCACCAAGGACGAUAUCAUCAUCCACGCCGACUGGAACAGCAAGACUUUGAAGAACGACAUCUCUUUGAUCAAGAUCCCCUCCGUCACCUACACCAGCAAGAUCAAGGCCGUUAAAUUGCCCGCCAUUGCCAGCUCUUACUCCACCUAUGCCGGUGAUACCGUCAUCGCUUCCGGUUGGGGCCGUACCUCCGACUCUGCCUCAGGUGUCGCCACUCACUUGCAAUACGCCGAAAUGAAGGUCAUCACCAACACCGUUUGCAAGGCCACCUUCGGUACCACCGUCACUGCCUCCAACAUCUGUGUCUCCACUCCCGAUGGUGUCUCGACCUGCAACGGUGACUCUGGCGGCCCAUUGGUCUUGAAAUCCAACAGUGUCCAAAUUGGUUUGACUUCCUUCGGUUCGGCUGCCGGUUGCGAAAAGGGCUACCCAGCUGCCUUCACCCGUGUCACCAGCUACUUGGAAUGGAUCAAGGAACACACUGGUAUCUCUCACUAAGAGGAUUAGUUAAUAGUUCAUAACAUA